AUGUCAGUUCGACGUUCAGCCAGAUUAGGCUCUAUCCCAACCCUCAACCCAUCAAUACCAGUCCUACAAACCACAGCGCCCACCAAGACAGCAAGAGUCCAACACAGCGCAGUAGCCAAACCCCGCAAGACACCCAAGAAAACACCCAAACCACAAACCAAACCAACUUCCUCAUACUGGUCCCCAGAACCAGCACCCACAACAAAUAACACCGAGACAACCAGACCGCACACACCACCCCUCGACCGCCCCGUCGACCCGCACCGGACAAACGCAACUCUCCUCACCCCCCACGGCACAGCUGUAACCGCCUACCCAGCCCACGCAGAAGAUGCCUCACCAAGCAAGACAGGUCUCCCACGGCCCCUCGCAACAACAGGCACACUCCUCGAGAAAGCAACGGCCCACCUCAUAGCCACAGAUCCACGCCUGGCACCCGUGAUAGCCCAACACCCCUGCCCCCUAUUCUCCCCAGCAGGCCUGACAGAAGAAAUUGACCCCUUCAACAGCCUGGCCAGCAGUAUCAUCGGCCAACAAGUCUCCGGUGCAGCUGCGAAUUCUAUCAGGAAUAAGUUCAUUGCGUUGUUUGAUUUGGUUGGUGGGGGGAAUGUUGGGGAUGGGGCCGGGAGUCGGCAUGCUACGUUCCCUAUGCCUGAGCAGGUUGUUAAGGUUGAUAUUCCGACGCUGCGGACGGCGGGGUUGUCGCAGCGGAAGGCGGAGUAUAUUCUUGGGUUGGCGGAGAAGUUUGUUAAUGGGGAGCUUGGGGCCCGGAUGCUGGCUAGGGCUUCUGAUGAGGAACUCUUUGAGAGGCUUAUUGCUGUUAGGGGAUUGGGGAAGUGGUCUGUUGAGAUGUUUGCUUGCUUUGCGCUUAAGCGGAUUGAUGUUUUUUCAACGGGCGAUUUGGGGGUUCAACGAGGCUGUGCUACCUUUGUUGGUCGAGAUGUGAGUAAAAUUAAAGGCAAGGGUGGUGGUAAGUUCAAGUAUAUGUCUGAGAAGGAUAUGCUGGAACUUGCUGCUAAGUUUGCGCCGUAUCGGAGUCUGUUUAUGUGGUAUAUGUGGCGGAUUGAGAAUGUUAAUGUCGCUGUUCUUGGGGGCUAA